AUCUAGAACAGAUAGACUUAAGACUGACAGAAGACAUCUGAAAAGAAAAGGUCAAAAUCUCGAGACAGAAAUGAAUGCAACAAUGUCAUCAGCGUUAAACAUCCAGUUCCUCAUGGUGGCUUGUUUGAUGGGGAUCGUUUUGAUAUCAUUUGGAGCUGAGGGGGCACCUUCAAAAAAUCUUCAGAGGAAAGGAAUCGGCCACCACAGGGCAUCAGAAGAAUCGGAUCCAUCGUCAUCAUCAUACCGGUUGAUAUUGGAUUCUGAGUUCAAAGCGGCCAAACCGAUCCAACCAAUAAACAACGACUCCCUCUCUCCAUGGACCUACACGUUUACGCAUGACGAGAACCUGUACCCUUCUAGCAUCGCAGAGGCCAAGUGUUCUCUUACUGGAUGUUUAAGCUAUACCAGUUUAGAAUUGGUGGAGGACCAGAAUUUCCAGUCCAAACCUAUUUACACCCAAAUCAUGGUCUUGAGGAGAAUUCGAGGAGAAAAGCACAACUACUCCUUUCGACUUGAGUACAAAACCAUCGCAGUGGGAUGCACCUGCAUUCGUCCAUAUGUAGAACACAUUUAAAAUGAGUUACAGUAUUGUAGAUGUUUCCUACUGAUGUCGCUGGUAUUCUUCCUAUUCUAAAACUUAAGGCGUAUACUUAAGACUUUAUAAUUUAUUUAUGUUAUCUCAGAUUUCCACCGUGUUCGCAAAUGUAGGAUAUUUAUUUAUUUCCACUGGAUUUUAAUUUUUGCUUUAUUUUGAUAUCAAACAUUUUUUCAAGAACCAGAAAAAUUUAGAUUCACACCCUCAACCGACUUGAUCUGUCUAAUAAUCUAAUUUAUUAUGUGUUUGCAAAUGCAAGUUAUUUAUUUUUACUGGAUUUUUGUGUGAUAAUAAUUUGAAUUCAUUAUUUAUUUAUUGAUACAAACCUGUUUUUAAGAUUGCAAUAAAUGAGAAAAAAAAUACUA